CCGACUCACGUACAAGGGUCCACCUAUAAAAGUACCUUCCUAGGGGUCUUCGUCAUUCACGUAUUCGCAGAAAGGAAGCAAAUCAUAAUUUCAAUACACACAGAAUUUUUUAGUUAUAUAUCCAUAUCAGCUUAUAUUUCCAUUACAUCCGAUUCAAUUCAUCCGCAACUACCAAUUAUACACACAUACACAUACACACAUAUUGUUUAUUUGUUCAAUUCAUCGGUGAUCAACUCACUUGAUCGCUUCCGAGUGAGAAUUUGAGUUUAUCAGGUUUGAUGGACAGUGAUAGUAGCCGGAGAGAUACGCAAGGCGGUGAAUUAGCUCCUGAUGGCGGCGCCGAGUGGAGGAGUCGGAUGCAAGCUGAUGCGCGGCAAAAAGUCAUCACUAAGAUAAUGGACUCUUUGAUGAGGCAUCUUCCCCUUGCUGGACAAGAGGGGUUACAAGAGCUCAAGAAAAUUUCCGUGAGAUUUGAAGAAAGGAUUUACUUUGCUGCAACAAGCCAGGAGGAUUAUUUGAGAAGGAUAUCUUCGAGGUUGGUGUCGAUUGAGACAAAACAUGCCAUGGCUAAUGCAACGCCGUCCAACUCUGUUAGUAUUGGCAAGAAUCCCCCAGAUCCAGGUUCUCAGAGCAUGCAAUCACAAUCGAACAGCCAAGGGCCUCCUCUUCCUGUUCCAUUUCAAACUGAUUUGUCUCAAUCUGCUCAACAGUUACCCCAGGAAUUUGCCAAUGAUAUUGCCUCAGCUGGAAUGCAAGGAUCUGCUGGUUUAAGUUCCUCACUGCCUCAGAUCAGCAGUUUAUCACAGACUAAUAUUUCUAACAUUAACCAGAAUUCCAACAUGCAGAGCAUACCAAACUUUUCUGGGGUUCUACAGAACUCUGUAGCAAGUGCAGUUGGACAAGACGUUCCUUCAAAUAUUUUUGCCAAUUCACAGAGGCAUACAGGGAGGCAACAACAGGUUGUUGCUCAACAGCGACUGCAGCAAUCACAAAAUUCCGCUCAGUUUCUCUGUAAGCAGCAGGUAUUGAAGCAGAAGAUCCAACCAGGCACUAUAUCACAUUCCCAAAUGCAGCCUCACAUCCAGAAACAAGAGCAGCAGCAUAACUUAUUGCACUCAAAUCAGUUGCAUUCUUCUCAGCAAUCUAUUAUGCAACCUAGUAUCAUGCAGUCAACUCCAGUUUCUAACCUUCAGCAGAAUCAGCAAUCUUCAGCCCGACAAUCCACACAAUCUGGGGUUCAGCAACAUCCGCAGCCUGUCAGGCAACUCCAGGCCUCGAAUAUUUAUCAACAGCAGACAGAGUUUCAUCAGCAAGGAGUAUUGCCUAAACAGCAGCAACAUCUUGUGGGGCUGUCCAAUGCUACAUAUAUACAACAAAACCAGCUAAUUGGGCAACAAAAUAGCAAUCCUGACAUGCAGCAACAACAACCAAGUUUGCUAAAUCAACAGAAUGAUCUUUCCAACCAACAACAGCAGUUGAUGGGUUUCCCAAACAAACUUGCACAUAUGCAUCAGCAGCAGUCGGACUCUCAGGAGCAGCAACAUCACUAUCAAUUGGCAGGAGAUCAGUCUGGUACAUCUAUCAUGCCAAGUAAUAAAAACUCUGGGGACAUGCUACGACAUCCCAAGGUUACACUGCAGCAAUCUCAGCAGAGCAUGUCAAAUUCGUUGCCAAGUCAAGGUCAACAGUUACAACAGCAGUCGCAGCAGCAGACAAUGUCCAAUCUGUUACCAAAUGGCCCAAACCAAACUCAAACACAGUUGCAGUCACAAAUAAUGUCUCAAAUGCAACCACAACCUGUACAAUUGCAUCAGCAAUUAGGCUCACAACAGAAGCCAAAUCCCUUGCACCAUGAAAUGCAGCAAAGGUGGCAGACACUUCAGCAGCAGCAGAAGCUGGUUUCUCAACCUCAAAGAGCCAUGCAGGAGGCAUCGUCAACUUCUCUGGAUUCCACAGCUCAGACCGGAAACGCAAAUGGUGGAGAUUGGAAGGAGGAGAUAUACCAGAAGAUAAAGUCCAUGAAGGAUAUGUAUUUUCUGGGUUUAAAUGAUUUGUGCCAGAAAAUUGCUGUGAGAUUGCAUCGGCACGAGUCUCUUCUACUACAACAGCCACAGUCACAGCAAGGGAAGAACCUACAAGUUGAGAAGCUUAAAUCUUUUAAGAGUAUGCUCGAGCGCUUUCUAUCAUUCUUACAAAUUUCAAAGAGCAAUAUACAAAUCGGAUACAAGGAUAAAUUGGGCCUUUAUGAAAAGCAAAUUAUUAGCAUGCUUAACUCGGAUAGGCCUCGGAAGCCUAUUCCUCCUAUGCAGCAGGAGCAGUCACUUAUCCCAUCACAUGUGCACUCCAUGCAGCAGUCGCAACGACCACAGUAUCAAAUGACUCAACUGCAGCCUACUGAUAAUCAAUUGAAUUUCCAGAUGCAACCACAGAAUCUGCAAGGCUCAGGGGGGACAAUGCAGCAGAAUAUGGCGAAUUUGCAGCACAAUCCAUCUUCUCCUCUAUCCGGGCUUUCCAAUGCACAGCAGAGUGUGAUGAAUUCGCUAAAGCCAAGUUCUGCUUUAGGUCCAGGACAAAGUAACUCUCUAAAUUCAGUUCAGCAAGUUGCUACCGGACCCCUACAACAAAAUUCAAUGAGGGUUACCCAACAGGCAAAUGUGAACCUUAUUUCAUCACAAAGUGGAGUGAAUUGUCUACAGGCAAACCUUAAUUCACAGCCAAAUUCAAGUAUGCUUCAGAAGCAGCAAGAACAGUUGCUGCAGAACCAGAAAUUGAAGCAAUUCCAGCACCGCCAAAUGCAGCAAAAUGUCAUACAGAAACAGUCGACGCAACAGCUGCAACUCAAGCAAGAAAAGCUGCAGCAGCCAGCCCAGAUGCAAUUAAACCAGUCACCAAUGGUUCAUCAUAUGUCGGAUUCAACUACCUCGGAGGCAAGGCAACUGGGUGAUAAAUCCAGCUCUUCUCAGCUACACCCCUCAGCAAGUCAGCGGUCAGCAUAUCAUCAGCAGUUGAAGCCAGGAAAUCGGUUUCCUAUUUCUUCACCGCAACAACUGCAGCCUCCAUUACCACAGAUUUCUCAACACGGAUCUCCUCAGGUUGAGCAACAAAAUAUGCCCAGUGCUCUCAAUAGAUCUGGUACUCCUUUGCAAUCCACAAAUUCACCUUUAAUGGUGCCAUCUCCUUCAACUCCAGCUGUUCCUUCCCCUGUGCCAGGAGAGUCAGAAAAGGUUAAUUCUGGGGUUUCAUCAUUGUCCAAAGCUGAUAAUAUUGGACACCAAACAGUGGGUACAUUGGUGCCAGCCCAAUCCCUUGCUAAAGGGACUCCUGGGAUAUCAGCGUCACCAUUGCUGGAUGAGUUUAGUCCAGAAGCAGAUCAUGGCAUCGCAGCCACAAUUGUCUCUGGCAAGUCAAAUGCUACAGAAGAGCCUCUUGAACGUUUGAUAAAAGUGGUGAAGUCAAUGUCAUCAAAAGCGUUGACUGCCUCUGUUAGGGACAUUGGAUCAGUUGUUAGUAUGAUUGAUAGAAUGGCAGGAUCCGCUCCAGGUAAUGGAUCAAGUGCUGCUGUUGGUGAGGAUUUGGGUGAUAUGACCAUGUGCCGUCAACAGGCAAGAACCUUUAUCACCCGAGAUGGAACAACUGAAACAAAAAGAACCAAGCAUUAUGCAACUGCCAUGCCCUCAGAUGUUGUCUCUACUGUGGGAAGCAUAAAUGAUGGUUUCAAGCAGUUGAGCGGUUCAGAUUCGUGCGACUUGGAACCAACUGCCAAGAAACCAAGAAUUGAGGUUAAUAAUGCCCUAUUAGAAGAAGUCAAGGAAAUAAACCAUCUGCUUAUAGAUACUGUGGUAAAUAUCAGUGAUGAAGAUGCAGAUCCAACUAUGAGGGAUGCAGCAAUAGGAGGUGGUGAAGGAACUGUUGUUAAGUGCUCUUUUUGUGCUAUAUCUCUGAGUCCAAACUUGAAGCCGCAGUAUUUUUCCUCACAAAUGUCAUCAAUUCAGCCCUUAGCGUUGCUUGUUCCAAAAAAUUAUCCGAGUUGCAGCCCUAUACUCCUGGACAAGUUCCCAGUUGAAGUCUGCAUGGAUUAUGAAGAUCUUUCAUCUAAGGUAAGGUCAAGGUUUAGCAUCUCACUCCGAAGCCUUUCACAGCCCAUGUCAAUUGGGGAUAUAGCAAAGACGUGGGAUAUAUGUGCUCGUGAGGUCAUUUCUGAGUAUGCACAACAGAGUGGUGGUGGAAGCUUCAGCUCGAAAUACGGAACUUGGGAGAAUUGCGUGACUGCUGCAUGAUAUGCUUUUAACUGUAUCCACCAGGAAGUCCCCUUCUACAAUGUUAGAAGACGGCCUUUACUUUGUAUUGCGUGAAGGAGUUUGAGGUUGAGAUGAGGCUCGCUAGUGAUAGGAUGUGUCCUUGAUCUAAUGCUGGAGUUGAAAUACUGCUCUAUACUAUUUUACCUAGCAAAAACAAGAAAUAAAUGCAGUUCUAUUGUGUUCGCAUUUGGCACAAUAGGUUUUUGGCUGCUUCUAACGGUAUUGAAUCACAAAAUUAUAAACUAGAGUGAUUACAAACAUGAGGCCAGACUGUAAUCUGUUUAGAACUAUUCUUUGUAAGCUGUAGAGUUCUUGACAUGCAAUUCGUUGCGACGUAGCAGUUCUUUAUUGAAGCCGCAUGCAUGUCUCACAGGGAGGAAAGAAUCGAUAUACAGUUUUUCUUUGUAAAAGCUUUACUGAUACAGUAUUACUUCCCUUCUCUUAUUA